GAGACUGAAGAACAAAGCACAACAAGGCCGGAGCGCGUCACUGUGAAGGAGAAAUAAUGGAGUGUGGUAAGCUGAUUCUUGCGCUGGUGUGUCUCCAAGCCGCCAUAGCUGCCUUGCUGCUACCCCAUGGAGUUUCUGCAGAUGGCGAGUGCGGCAAGGUGAAGUGCGGCAUGGGGACGUGCAACGAGUCCAGCGACUACGCGUUCGGCUUCGCGUGCCAGUGCAAGCCCGGAUGGAGCCGGAACCACCUCGGCGACGUGCAGUUCCCCUUCCUCCCCUGUGUCAUCCCGAACUGCACCAUCAACUACUCAUGCCGGGACGGGUCGUCGUCCCCACCGCCGGCACCGUCACCGCCGCCGCCGGCAGUGCCGCCACUGACGAACCUCUCAACCUUCGACCCGUGCCUGAUGCAGUACUGCGGCGACGGCGGCGACUGCGAGAAGGCGUCGGACUUCACGCACCGGUGCAGCUGCCGCGACGGCUUCACCAACCUCCUCAACGACACCUCGUACCCCUGCUACCAGCAGUGUUCGCUGGGGUCGGACUGCAAGGGGCUAGGGAUCGAGGUGUUCAACGGGUCGACACCGAGCUCGUCGCCACCUGCGCCGGUCUCGUUCACCGUCAAGAAGUCCGGCGCCGGAGCUUCCGCCGCGCCAGCUGACAGGCUGCUCGUGCUCCUCUUGCUGGUCUCCUCCGUCUGGAGCCAGGCGAUAUGGUGAACAAGCUGACAGGACAUCAAAACUGAUAGCCAGAAACAGAUUUCACAUACAUGAAUUCUAUUCUUUUCCCCCUUCAAUACAACCUUUUUGUUAGGAAUAUUUCAUACAUGUGGUGCUGAUUAGGGAGCCAUACAGUCCCAUUUUUGCAUUGGAUUAGAGCGCGUGUAAAGUUAAGCAUUCCAGAGAAAUAAACCAGCUACUAGUGUUAGCCAUCUGCAAUGAAUUGCAGCAGAAAUUCACAGACCAAUCCUACAUGCCCGGGAGAGAUCGGCCUGCAGCGCUAUGGAACACAGGAGAACAACCAACACAGAAGCAGCAACACAUUCAGCAGAAGAGAACAGCUGCUAGUCUGUGCUAGAGCAUUGCGAGAACAAGCGAUUGGCGAGUGUUCAGCUACGUGAUCCGCCAUGUACUGGACGAGGGAGGAGAGUCAGGGGGUGAGGCGAGUGAGACCGGCGAUCACUGGACGUUGAAUGAGAGCUGGGCCAUCAAGAGGUUGAUGACGUCCAGGUAGAGGGAGAUGGCGGCAAUGACGUACGUACUCUCGCUGUACGUGUGGCGCUUGAGCAGCAGGCUGGUGUCGGAGAUGAUGAAGCCACAGAACACUAGGGUUGCGACGAACACGUAGAUGGUCAUGCCGACCUGUCCCGUAGAUUACACCGGAAGUCGAAUAGGUGGCACGAGGGAAAAUGAAUCUGUUCAAAGGAAGACGGUGCUGCAGGACAGGAAAACCUGAAUGGCGAUGUACACCAGCAGCACGAGGAGGCUGGUGAACAUGAAGGUGAACUCGAAGCCCCUCUUGAUCGCCUAGAAUGUGAAAAGGGUGAGGCCAAUGACAGCAGAUGCUGUGAGGAUCGCAGCGUGCAGAACCACAGUACCUGUUGACAUAACACAAAAAAUACAGUUCAUUAGCCAUAAGGAUAAAAGGAGACAGCUCUGUAAAGCACUAAACGGACUAUGAAAAGUAAAGCAUUAGUAACUGGAAAAUAUUAAAAAAAAAAAAAGUAUGCCUGGAAGGCUGGAAGUUGCAGAAAUAAGAUUUACUUUACAUCUAGAACCUGUCAGAAGUUAGUUGGAUUCAUUUCAGAUCUAUAGCUGUUCAAUAUAGAAAAUGUGAGCCAUGGA